GUAGACAGCUAAAAGAGAAACCAGACACACUUUGGGUUCUCUCAGUUGAGCAUAAUGUCUGUUAGGAGAACGAGCAAAGAAGAAAACCCUGAAAGCUGUGAAGAUAUCAUUGGCAAUGAAGGGAUAGGAGCUCAUCCUGGUGAUACUGAAGCAGAAUCCUUGAAACUCAAGCCCAAAAUCAAAAUGAUAACAUUUAUGAAACACAAGAAGAAUUCAAAAUCAGCAGCUACAUUCAACCCCGAAACUCCAAUAGAAGAAAACCCUGAAAGCUGUGAAGAUAUCAUUGGCAAUGAAGGGAUAGGAGCUCAUCCUGGUGAUACUGAAGCAGAAUCCUUGAAACUCAAGCCCAAAAUCAAAAUGAUAACAUUUAUGAAACACAAGAAGAAUUCAAAAUCAGCAGCUACAUUCAACCCCGAAACUCCAAUAGACUUGGACUUUAAGACCAUUGAAGGCAUAGCAGAUUCCCCUGGAGAUCCUGAAAUGGAAUGUCAGAAACACAAGCACAAAACCAAAAUAUCAGACAAAAUAAAAAUUCUGGACUUCAUGAAACGACAGAUGAAUUUAAAAUCUUCCCAUACUGUCACCCCUGAAGCUCAAUCAGUUGAUCUGGAUUUUAAUGAAAACCUUAAACAGAACCAUCUGGCUGAAGCACAACAGCAAUUGGUGGCAGCUGAGGAACGUCUCUUUGGUUCAAAUGAAGUGGCCAGUGCAGAGGAUGAGGACGACAAGCUGCAAACGGGCUAUGAAAUAUACAUGAUUCGACUGAGGAUGGCCAUCUAUGACUCCUUCAAUAAGGACAACAAGGAGACACUCAAGAGUGCUUUGACUUCCAUACUUCAAGAAGAGGCACAGGACCGACGCUGGGAGGGAGUGGCUGUGGAGCAAUGUCCAAUAUGGAGGCCCACAAAAUGCAGAGAAUUGCAUGACACACUACUCAAGGCUGUUGUUGAGGAACGAAUGAGUAAUGCAGUUGAACAAGAGAAUGGGGCAGACAAGCUUUCUACCUCUUUGAAGAGAGAAGUUUGUCGGAUAGGCAAGCAAGUACAAAAAGACCUGCUCAUUGUGGUCAGAGUGCUGAGAGUAUGUUACCCACCAGACUUUGACAUUUGCAGGAUGUAUUCUCAGCUCUACCAUCAAGCCUUCUCCACCAGACUCCAAGAGCUAGCAAAAUCGAGUAUUGAUUUUGAGGAUUGCUUGUAUAUAUUGAGUUGGAUUGUCGAUUACUACCCAAGAGAUGUGUUGGAGCACAAAGAACUGAAGGAACAUAUCAAUAAUUCAUCACUUGGACCUUUGUUACCCGAAGAACAUCUUAAGACAUUAGAGGAACAGUUCUUUUCAUACAAAGAGCAUGAGAUCACAAAGUGGUUAUGUAAUGCUCUUGAGAAAGAAGUGAUAAAAUGGAACGCUGGCACAGAACCAGAUCUCACGGAUGGAUACUACUUCAGCAACCUUGCUGUAGAUGUUCUACCACUUGUUGAUGCAACUGUGAGAGACGUCAAGUCAAUUCUUGUCUGUGAAAGUAAAGCCCAGAAUAUUCUAUGCCCGUUGGACACAUUUCUAAUAAGGUAUAUGAAAAGUCUGGAGGAACUGCUCAAAACAAAACAAGAAAACAUUCCUAAUAUUCUCAGUGCUAAUCUGGUUAGCAUUCACCAGUUUAGGUAUUAUGUACAAAGAGCUGAAAAUACUUUCUCAGAGGAGACUAGAACAGCUUGCCUGUCUACAUUAUCAGACCUAAAAUCAUUUUGUCACAAAUAUUUCCUCAGUCGAAUUCACACAGAAAUGAAGUCAAUAUACCGUAAGCUGUGGACUCAAGUCUGGUUUGCUGGUCACGAUGAAGUUGUGGAGGAGCUGGUUAAGGCACUUGAGAAUAACAUCGAUCAUUUUAAAGAGAUGAAAGCUGACUGCCUGGAGGAACUACUGGUUGAGCUGCAUAAAGAUGUAAUGGUUGAGUAUGUGAGGCGAAUGAUGAAGCAAAAACUGAAACUGAAAGACAAAGAGCAGCAAGAGGCAGCUGCUGAGUUCAUCUGCCAAGACAGCAGUAAAAUCUGCUCUGUUUUUCCCAAAUUGGGAUCCAAACAGGAGUGGCUCUCUCAAAUUCUCCUCAGAUUAGCUGAGAUUUUGAGACUGCAGGAUCCCAUGAGCCUGCAGCUUGAGAUAGUUACACUGGAAAGAGUCUAUCCUGACAUUAGUGAACAGCAUGUUCUUGCUGUCUUGAACCUGAAGAGCAACCUUUCAAAUUCAGAUUUGCGCAGGAUCAAAUUGUGUUUGAGAGAGCAUAGGGGUGCUCUAGACACUGAGUCUUCCCCUUCCUUCUUUUCCAAAGUACGUGUCAAACGGAAAAUCUUACAAAUGCCCGGUUAAUCAAUAGCUAAUGUUGCUCAUAUAAAUGUGAUGUAAACAGUGAUAAGUAAUCAAUGUUGAAUUGUUAAGUAGUUUUUAUUAUUGAGAAAACUAGCGGAUUAUAUUCUGUUACAUUUUUACUCAUUUCUAUAAUUUUCUGAAUGUUUGUCAAUGUAGCAUAUGUUGUAAACCAAAUGUACACAAAAUUAAGUUCCCCUUCUGUCACUCACUCGUCAUUGUAUCGAAUGAAGUGACACAAUGGGUCUUCCUUGGGAGCCUCGCAUACUUCUGAACUUGAGAAAAGGCCAAUAAGAAAUUGGCAGACAGAAUUUGCAUGUCCCACCCGGACAUAUGGGUAUAAAGGGAAGCGGGCAUGUGUCUGUCAGUCACAUUUUUUUUUCGGAGCCGAGCAGUUGUGCAUUAGCAAGCUCACUACUGUUCAACUCACCUCUGUGGUAGAGCACUGCUGUUGGAUCUAUGGUGCAUUUCCAGCGGUGUUCUCUCUCUGCACACUGUGCAGUCCACUCCACUGGGCGUUUCGACAGCGCUUCUGUCUAAAAGAGUGUUCUCCCUGCUAAAAGAGUUUUAUUUCUCUAAAAUAGUUUAUUUUCACUCACAAAAGAGCAAUACACUGCAGGCGUUGAAUGUCCUUUUCAGGACGCGUCUUUUUAAAGAUGCCUUUCCGCCUCUGUGUAGUUCCUGGAUGGACUUCUGAUGGUCAUAAGAGCUGCCUGGGCUGCGAUCACACGCAGGCAGCAUUUUAUGAAUGGUUCAUGUUCUCAGUGCAAAAACAUAGCCAUGGCAAUGUUGCGGUCAUGACUCCUCCCAUAUCAGGCAGGACCUACCACCGAGCCGCGGUGUCACAUGUCUGGCUUGACAACCCACGUGGUGUAUUAGCCACAUAUCACUUCUCCCUAGUCUGGGCAGGAUGUGGCCUCCGCAGGAUCUUUUCCCCCUGAAAGAAUAAGAUAGGGAAAGACUGCCUUCCCCAACACAUUUCAUACCAUUAAGAUAGCCCCAGCCGCUUCACACCCUAUGCCAGAGACAAAGAGAGAGAAACCGCACAGCUGCCGGGCUUGCUCCCAUGUUGGUCAUGUAGCACCUGUUCCCCCCUCAGGGGUGCUGGGAACCUAAGGUCUGUAUAUGACACCUUUUCUGGGGCGUUGGGGAGGGUUACGUGCGGCCGAUACAGUUGCUUCUAGCACGCAGCAUCCUGCUUGCACCUGUGUCAGCAGUUCACGUAACACAGGCUAGUGCAUGACGCUUUUGAAUUGGACCCAUUGUGUCACUUCAUUCGACACAACGUGGCACUAGACCUACCACUGUAAACGGCCGUACCUUAUUCUCAGCUCCUCAGUGCCAUAACCUGACUGACAGACACAUACCCGCUUCCAUUUAUACCGUAUGUCUGGAGUGAGACAAGCAAAUUCUGUCUGCCAAUUUCUCAUUGGCCUUUUCUCAAGUUCAGAGGUAUGCCAAGGACUCGUUCCCUCCCUCAGGAAUGUGGAGGUUACAACAGUAACUGUGACGUUUUAUUUUUAUUGAUUCAUUGUUCAUUCUAAUGUAUUUAAGCAGAGUAAAGAAUGUCUAAAGCAAAUUUAUGUAAUGCUGGAGAACUAUAUAGACAUCAAUAAUUACAUGUAUUCAUAUGUAUUAUUAAAAUCAUACUAAGAUCUAUAACAAAUUUUUCUAGCUGAUACAGUAUAUAAAAUGUUUUGCAUUUUAUUUUAUAUUCACGUUGCUACUGUUCAUUUGCAAUCUAUUUAAAUGAUGUUGAAUCAGAUUGUCUGGUUAUCCGCAGGCUAAAUAAGAAUAAUCACAUGAUGUUUGACCAGUAUUGACACACUUUCACACAUUAUGUACCAAUAGAGAGAUCUUAAAUAUUCAACAUAGACCUAGAUUAUUCAUUCUGGUUGGAAACUGCAUUAAUAGUGCUAUUUAUUUUAGUACUUAAUAAGUGACAUUACACAUUCGACCAUUAGGGAGAGCUCUGGCAGCAACUUGAUAAAAAAACAUUCUCGUAAUUGUAGGUGAUGUAGUUAUGGGCAGUGAAUGCCAGAGUGUCGAGAUGCUCCGCUAACAAUUAUAUUUAAUGUUAUAAUCUUCCUUAACUGGUUAAAUAAUUCAAAUACACUUUUCAGUUAGUUUUUACUGUAUUAAACAGAUUUUGAGUAUUAGUAAAUGUAUUAUUCCCUUGUGAAUAUAAUGUGGAAAGCCAUGAGUUGAGUGUAAUACUGUGCGAAAAGAAAAAAACGCCUCUCAGUUGACAUGUUUAAGUUGACAUUUAAAAGCUAGUUAUCAGUUCCUAUUUUCAUAGUGUGUGUGUGAGAGAGCAUGUAUUUUUCACGUUGUGGGGACCAAAUGUCCCCAUAAGGAUAGUAAAACCCGAAAUGUUUGACCUUGUGGGGACAUUUUGUCGGUCCCCAUGAGGAAAACAGCUUAUAAAUCAAACUAAAUGAUGUUUUUUGAAAAUUUUUAAAUGCUGAAUUUUUUCUGUGAUGGUUAGGUUUAGGGGUAGUUUGUAUAGGUAGUAUAUAUAGUUUGUAAAGUAUAAAAACCAUUAUAUCUAUGGAAAGUACCCAUAAAACAUGGAAACACAAUGUGUGUGUCUGUGUGUCAGUAAUGGAAAUCAUUUGGAAAGGGUUUCCCGUUUUUCUUCCCUGAAUGUCUCAAGCAAAAGGUUAAACACCACUCCUGCAUUCUACAAUAUUGUGUUUCAUUAACAUAAUUAAUGUAGAAUCUUUAUGUAUGUCUUCUCCAAAUAAGGUAAUGAUUAAUCUCAUUGUAUAAUGCAGUUAGUGUACUCUCCUUCCCAUUUUUUCAAAGAUAUCUAAUGCUGUGCUUAACAAUAAAGUAUGAUAAAUCUCU